AUGGUGGUGCUCGCCGCACAAGCGGUGGAAGACACAGAUAUCGUCCAGCUCGAAGCGCGAGGGGAGCUCUUUCUGGACCUGGAAGUGGCGGAGUCCCAUCCUUGGAGUGCGCAAUGCGCGCUUGACAGAUAUGAGAAGUGCAAGAUCACAACGGCCGGCCACUACCACAGGAUACUGCCCCGGGCUUCAGCUGCCGAGGAGAAGAUCCGCGAGAUCAACGACGCCUACGAAACUCUGAGCAAUCCGUUCAAGCGAUCGCAGUAUGACAACAUGCUCAUCGCCUUGGAGCGGAAGGCCAAAGGCUUUCGCCUUGACACCACGAUGAUCAAGCCUCGAAUGUCCAUCCCCAAGGAGUUCAUGCUGUCCCCUCUUGGCUACCCAGACAAGUUUGUCCGGGUGGUGGGCUUGUCCCUCUUCGUGCAGGGAAGAGCUGAUGCUAAAGCGGAGUUCUACGACUUCUUCAAGGAGGCAAAGUUCUCCCUCUGGUGGCUCCCCGAAGUGAACAACAUGUGCCGCAUCCGACCGCAGGCAACUGCGGGAGUCGGCCAAGAUGGAGGACUUAACUUCAACUUCGCCCUAUCCCGGCAGAUCCAGGUUUCAGAGGUCAUUCUGAGCCCUGGGCAGAUGGCGGAAAGUGCCCAUUUCAUUGCCGUCGCCAGCGACGUCUUCAAGGGUGCCUUUCGCUUCGAGUGCUAUGCCUACCCGGGACACUACCUGGCCUUCUUCCCGCCCACACACUUACGCGUGGUUGGUGGAACAGUCGACGAGAAGACGGCCAUCGACUUCAUGCUUGUUGACUACGCCAAGAUGUUUCAGUACAUCACCGUGGAGGAGGUCCUCACUCCCGCGGCGACGAACCUAGGGGCGAAGACGGACUUCGCCCACGCCUUGGAGCUGCAAGAGGUCGCCAGGGCAGUCUGUCGAAUUCAGAGGGCGGAAAAUUAUUGA